GGACAAAACUAAAAUACCUGAUAAUUCAAACUACCAACAGCUGAAUUUACAACCCGUUCACAAUCAAGCUGAUGAACCGGAUGAACUAUCAUCACCAGAGGACGAAGAAGCAUCCUACGCGUGGGCAAACAUCUAUAUAUAAAUAAUUCAGAUAUAGGCAUUUACUGACCGAUAACGACAGAAAACAAACGAACCGGCUGACAAGCGAAAUGUUGAAAAAGCACCUGUACCAAAUGGAACUUUCAAUGGAACAUAUGAAGAAGUUGUUCUUCAUAAUCGAAAGCCCGUUUUUUUGCCUAAUAACGAAUACGCAAUAAUUGAUGAUGAUGGUUUCUUGCCUGCUGAAGACGUUGCUGGAUUUUCUGUUGACAAUGAACAGUCAAAGGGCGAAGAUAUGUUUUACGCGGAAUUGGACAAAAAUAAAAUACCUGAUGAUUCAAACUACCAACAGCUGAAUUUACAACCCGUUCACAAUCAAGCUGAUGAGGCUGAUGAACCAUCAUCACCAGAGGACAAAGAAGCAUCAUACGCGGUAUUGAAUAAAAAUAGUAACGUCGAUGAUACAGAGUAUCAACAGUUGAAUUUUAAAUCCGUUCAUACCCAAGCUGGGCAAGAAAAUGUGGAUGAAGAUGGACUUUAUGACAGACUCUAUAAACCCAAUGUUCAACCUACUGAAGUUCAAACGGAAUCUAAGCCAGUCGAUUUAUAUACCAUGGUAAAGAAAUCAAAGAAAAGUGAAUACAAUAAUAGUUUCGUUGAGAAAGAUGAGUGA